CAGUCGGUCCUUGUGACUGUUUUUAACUUUAAAUGUGUUAUGACUGCAACGAAACCAAUAUACAUUUUCUGUUCCUUUACGUCAUUUGGGUAUUUCCGCCCCAUUUUAGGUGGUGGUGGCAAAUUGCAUUGGAGACUUAAAGGCGGAGGUGGCUAAAGAGCGAUCUGUCACGACAAGUUUACAAAUUUACCUGUUUUCAAGGGACAAACACCCUAGGGGAAAGGCUAUUCCAAUAACCAACGUGGAAGAAGUAGAAGUCGGAAAUGGAUGGAAUGUAUGGAUGGGGACAGCCCCCUUUGAACCAAGGGAAUUCUUUCAUAGAGAUCAUUGAGCAGCCCAAGCCCAGAGGCAUGAGGUUCAGGUACAAGUGUGAGGGGCGCUCGGCGGGCAGCAUCCCGGGAGAGAAGAGCAACGAUACCACCAAGACACACCCCGCCAUCAAGGUGCACAACUACAAUGGUCCCCUGCGUGUCCGUGUCUCCUUGGUGACCAAGAACCCGCCUCACAAGCCCCACCCUCACGAGCUGGUGGGGAAAGACUGCAAACAUGGCUACUAUGAGGCAGACCUGCAGGAGAGACGAGUACACAGUUUUCAGAACCUGGGCAUUCAGUGUGUGAAGAAAAAGGAUGUGAACGAAGCAGUUUCCUGUAGACUGCAGACCCAAAACAACCCCUUCAACAUUCCCGAGGCGAAGGUGUGGGAGGAGGAGUUUGACCUGAAUGCAGUGAGGCUUUGUUUCCAGGCCUCGAUCACUCUACCUACCGGUGAACUCCACCCUCUGGAGCCCGUGGUGUCUCAGCCCAUCUAUGACAACAGAGCACCCAACACAGCAGAAUUGAAGAUCUGUCGAGUGAACAGAAACUCUGGGAGCUGCAGAGGAGGGGACGAGAUCUUCCUACUCUGUGACAAAGUGCAAAAAGAGGACAUCGAGGUACGGUUCUUCCAGGACUCGUGGGAGGGGAAGGGCACCUUCUCCCAGGCGGACGUCCACAGGCAGGUGGCCAUCGUGUUCCGUACCCCGCCCUUCUACGACACCAACCUGACUGAGCCAAUCAGAGUGAAGAUGCAGCUCCGCAGGCCCUCGGACCGCGAGGUCAGCGAGCCAAUGGACUUCCAAUUCCUGCCCUCCGACCCAGAUGAAUAUAGACUGAUAGAGAAGCGAAAACGGACAGAGGGAAUGUUCCAGAAUCUGAAGCUGGGGUCCAUAUCAGUGGCCAUGCCAGCAGAGAGGCCUUUCAACACUGCCAGAAGAACAGUCGCCGCCAAGCCAGUAGCUAGCCAGCCUGUGAACCCAGUGGCGCCCCCUCGUGCCACCUCUGUGAAGCCCCAGCCGUACUACGACAGCCCCCAGCCUGGCCAGCUGUUCCAAACCCAGCCCAAAGCAGAGCCCUCCUCCUCCACUCCAGCAGAGACCUGGAAGUUCCUCAACAGCCUGACCUUGGACUCCCAACACAAAGCCACCCCCGUGGCCCGAUUCACCACCAACCCCCAGGCAUCUGCAGCCACCUCACAGGCCUUCCCCACCGUCAACCUGUCGGACCUCCACGGCUUCACCUUCUCCACCUUUGCUAGUCCCCAGGAGCCAGUGAGCGCAGCCGCUACCCCAGAGCCCACCUCUACCUUCGGGGUCCAGGAUUCCCAGUUCAGGGUGGAUGGCCCCAUGGUGGAUGAGGAGCUACCCGAGUUCCCCAGCUUCUCUGAGGUCCACCAGUCAGGGACACUAGAUAGCAUAAACAUCGACGACUUCCAGGCUAUGCUGGUCCAGAGUGGUCUGGCUGGAGAGGGGCCAGGGAACAGUAGGGUGUCGGUCUCUCAGGCACCCUGCCACUUACCUGCCACCAACCCUGUGGUCAACAACAGCUGUGGCGGCAGCACCUGGAUGAACUACCCCAACAGCAUCGUGAACCUGCUCCAGAGUGAGGGCAUGGUCGACAGUUCUCCUGGCAACUCCAGCCAGCCGGCCGUCCUCGACGACCUGGACGUCUUCAGCUCCAUAGACGAAGACCGUCUCAUGUCCAUCCUGAACAGUGGCAACUAGGCCGGUUUCGUGUCCGGACAUCAGACUUAGAGACCUCUGUGAUUUUACAGAUAUUUUUACUGCAAUACUACAUUUCUGUCCCCUUGCCUUUUGAGACCCAGCUCCCUUUCAACCAAACUUCCCUUGUACUUGUUAUUCUAAUGGACUACAAAGAAAAUACAUUUGAAGGCUGGCGGAUUGAGAAUCAGAUGAUGGUGCCGUUUGCUCUCUUCUCUAUGUGGAUUGUGGACAUGUUAAUUAGGACAGCUGCAGAACCCUGCCUGUACUCGAACAGAGUGAAUAUAUGAGAGAGGGCUACAGGGAACCCCUGGUAACUGCCAGUUUGUGGGCAAUCAUGAGACGCAAGGAUUUGUCACUUUUUGUCAACCCCUAAAGAUACACCUCCACUGGGUUGUGUAUAAACCCAGGCCUGUAUCUAGUCUCCAAAGGCAGUGGCAUUCACUCCUGGUCCCUAAGAACUUUUGAACGGUUUGAAAUGUGUCUUCUUGAAUCAUUGUCAAUGUAUGGACUGGAUAGUCCAGGGCCCGGUUUCCCGAUAGCAAUGGAACUUAGGCUGACGAGUGUUUUUAACACUGCAUCUUUCCUACAACGCCCGAAGAUGUAACAUACAGAGUACACAAAACAUUAAGGACACCUGCUCUUUCCAUUACAUAGCCCAGGGAUAUUCAACUCUUACCCUACGAGGUCCAGAGCCUGCUGGUUUUCCUGUUAAUAAUUGCACACACCUGGUGUCCCAGGUCUAAAUAUCUCCCUGGUUAAAAAAAAUGCAGUGGCACUGGCUUUGAGGUCCAGAGUUGACCAGGUGAAUGCUAUGAUCCCUUAUUGAGGUCACUUGUUAAAUCUACUUCAGUGUAUGAAAGGGAGGGGACAGGUUAAAGAAGGAUUUUAAGCCUUGUGACAUGGAUUGUGUAUGUGUGUCAAUCAGAAGGUGAAUGGACAAGAUUUCAGUGCCUUUGAAUGGGGUAUGGUAGUAGGUGCCAGACGCACCGGUUUGUGUCAAGAACUGCAACGCGGCUAGGUUUUUCACGCAACAGUUUCCCGUUUGUAUCAGUCCAUGCCCCGACUAAUUUUCACUCGACAACCACUUUCUGUAUCAAGGCCUUUUGGGAUGACACGUGGUUGUUCUCCAAAUGAGAAUCAAAAUGAUUGCUCUGUCAUCUAUUAUAUUGUGCUUGAUUGUGUGCUAUAUGUUUUGUUGGACUCGAAGAAUGUCAGAAGAUUCCGAUUUUAACCAGAAAUCGGGUCAUAAUAUUAACUUUGGCUUUCACAGCUUCUCAUUGAGAACUUUAACAUUUGUAUGUAAAAGGGAAAAUAUUUCUCAAAAAGGGAAACAUUUUUGCAAGCACAAAAUAAGUUCCCAGUUCAGCUACGCAAUCUAACCAAUGAAAAUCCUUAAAAUUGUUGGUCAACUAUUUCAUGUGUCAGUCAUUCCACGGAGGGCCAAGUGGCUGUGGGUUUUCACUCCUCCCAUGUACUUGAUGAAUUAAGGUCACUAAUUAGUAAGGAACUCCCCUCACCGGGUUGUCGGUCUUAAUUGAAAGAAGAAAAAAAAACCUGCAGACACUUGGCCCUCUGUGGAAUGACUGACAUAUUUGUAGAUGAGCGAGGCAGAUGUCUAUGCAUUACAACCAUUCAACAUUUUAAUUGGAAUAGUUUAUUACUAGCCUAUACUGUAGGAAGUGUAAUAUCACCGUACUAUAAAGCAAGACAAGAAUACAUUGAAAUGACAAUGUGCUUAGGCUUUAGUACACGUGUCAAAUUCAUUCUACGGAGGGCCGAGGGUCUGCGGGUUUUCGCUCCUCCCUUGUACUUGAUUGAUGAAUUAAGGUUACUGAUUAGUAAGGCACUGCACUCACCUGGUUGUCUAGGGCUUAAUUUAAAGGAAAAGCCAGCAGCCCUCAAUGGAAUGAGUUUGACACCCCUGCCUUAGGUGAUGAUAUGCGCGAUAUAGUACUCACCUUGGUGACAUAUCUAAAAUGUUAUGUACAGUUUUACCAUGUUAACAUCUAAGUAUAACUUGUCACUGUAAUUUUCAAUAUUCAAUACAUCUUUGGAACAGGAAGGAUAUUGUUUAUAGAUGUCAGAAAUGUAGCAGAUGCACUGAUACGCUUAGUAAAAAAGAUUUGUUGAGUCGGUAUCUUAAAUAUCAUUUCUGCCCGUCAAUUAUGCUCAUUCACAGUGUAGUUUGCUUUUAGGCCAGUGUAAUACCAUUACAUUUUGCGGUAUGGUAUAUGAACUUCGGCUGCAGGUGAUUUUACAUCAAAUAAAACAUGUUUAAACCAUAA